CUUCAUUUUCCACAUACAACUUGCCUUGUGCAUUACGCGGAAUAUCAGACAAACAAUAUAAAGUCUCCAAAUCUUACGUAAUAAAACCAGAAAAUCCCCGUCUACACGCUCUGAUCGCAAACAAGUAACUGUGAUGAAUACCGAAAUCACUAAACGCUUUCUUCAUGAAUUCACAGUCUUGCUAAUUAUUCUUCCUUUUGUGUGUCGUUGCUUAGAAACAGACACCAUUUCAGGCGGUGUAGUCAUCAGAGAUCCAGAUAGCAUAGUAUCCCAAAAGCAGGUGUUCAAACUGGGUUUUUUCAGCCCCGCCAACACCACCAACCGCUACCUCGGCGUCUACUACGUCGUUUCCGAGGAGUCGGUGGUAUGGGUCGCCAACAGAGGCAGGCCCCUCAAUGAUUCUUCCGGCGCAGUAGUAAGCAUAUCCAAGGACGGGAAUCUGGUGCUCCUCGACGCGAGGAAUGAGACCAUCUGGUCAACCAAUGCCACUGCUUCUCCCGUGAAUACCACUCUUCAGCUGCUGGAUACUGGAAACCUUAUUCUACGGGAAAAUGCAACAGGAAACACUAUCUGGGAGUCCUUCUCACAGCCUUCGAACGUCUUCCUUCCGACUAUGAGGAUUAUCGACAACAUAAACACGGGUAAGAAGGUGGUUGUGUCGUCGUGGAAAAAUGCGUCCGACCCCCAAACAGGAAGCUUCGCGUCAGGGCUGGAGGCACUGAAUAUCCCACAAAUCUUCACGUGGAACAACGGCCGCCCCCACUGGAGGAGCGGCCCGUGGAACGGCCUGAUUCUGAUCGGAGUGCAGGAUAUGUAUUCUCCGUACCUCGAUGGAUUCAGUGUGGUGGAUGAUCGUGCCGGUACUUUCUACUUCACAGCGCCAGAGGGGCAGUUCUUGAUGAAAAUCGACUUGAACUCUUCGGGGAGCUUACUGCAAAGGCUGUGGAAUGAUGAGAAGAAGAGUUGGGACGUUACGUGGUUAGCUCCUUCAAAUGAAUGUGAUAUUUAUGGGACGUGUGGGCCGUUUGGUAGCUGCGAUAUUCGGGAUUCGAACAUGUGUUCUUGUUUGAGAGGGUUCGAGCCCGUGAGUAGAGGUGAAUGGGAUAUGAGGAAUUGGAGUCGAGGGUGCCAGAGGAUAAAUCAACUGCAGUGUGAUGCAGGUGGGCCAAAUGGAGAUGGAUUUUUGAGGAUGCCGUUUAUGAAGGUUCCGGACUUUGCACAGCACUUCUCUUCUGGGCAGGAAGAUGAGUGCCGGAGCAGAUGUCUGGGGAACUGCUCUUGCAUAGCUUAUGCUCAUGAUUCUAAAAUCGGCUGUAUGUUCUGGAGCAAUACUUUGAUUGACGUUCAGCAGUUCUCUGGUGUUGGUGUUGAUCUUUACAUUCGUCUCUCGCCUUCAGAUCUCGACGAGAAGAAGGACAAAAAGGUGUAUAUCAUAAUUCCGGUGGUGGUUGGUUUUGUGUGCAUAUGCUUCAUGAUCUUCAUCGCUUGGUGUUGGAUGGUAAAGAGAAAAGGAAGCGAAACAGAACAGAAAAGGGUCUUCCAAGCAGAGCAAACAUUUCCAUCAGACUCAACUGCAAUCGUACUCAAACAAGAAUCAGAGGUAGACAAUAUUGAGGAGUUGCCAUUAUUCAGUUUUGAGACGAUUGCAAAUGCAACAGACCAGUUUAACGAGAACAAUCUUCUUGGGAAGGGGGGUUUUGGACCUGUUUACAAGGGAACUCUGGGCGAUGGGAAAGAAAUCGCGGUGAAGAGGCUGUCAGCAGCAUCUGGACAAGGAGCUCAAGAGUUCAAGAAUGAAGUGAUUGUGAUUUCCAAACUCCAGCACAGGAAUCUCGUCCGGUUGCUGGGAUACUGUGUGGAGAAAGAAGAGAAGAUGUUGAUAUAUGAGUACAUGCCAAACAAAAGCUUGGAUGUUUGUCUCUUUGAUCCUAGCAAUCUAUCGCAGAAGAUUCUAGAUUGGAAGAAGCGUUUCAAUAUUAUGGAGGGCAUUGGGCGAGGCUUGCUCUAUCUUCACAGGGACUCCAGACUGAAGAUAAUUCAUCGAGAUCUUAAGCCCAGCAAUGUACUACUGGAUGAAGAUUGGAACCCCAAAAUCUCUGAUUUCGGCAUGGCAAGAAUAUUUGGGGGCAACCAAGAACACGACAACACUGCAAGAGUUGUAGGAACUUAUGGAUAUAUGGCGCCUGAAUAUGCAAUGGAAGGCAGAUUCUCCGAAAAAUCUGAUGUCUACAGCUUCGGCGUGCUUAUGUUAGAGAUAUUAAAAGGGAAAAAGAACACACAAUAUUACAAUCACGAAUGGUCCCUCGGCCUUAUAGGAUGCGCAUGGAAACUGUGGAGUGAAAACGACGGUUUGGCUUUCGCAGACGAAGGCAUAGCUAGUCCGGAUUUGAAAGCAGAGAUAGUGAGAUGCAUUCACAUCGCCUUGUUGUGUGUCCAAGAAUUUUCCAAAGAUAGGCCUACAAUUCAAACAGUUUUGUCGAUGCUGAGCCGUGAAAUAGUGGAGCUGCCGGUGCCGGAGCAGCCCAUGUUUGCUGAGAAGUGGAACGGCUUGCCUGUCGGAGCAACAGUCUCUGCAGGCCAACUUGGACACUCCCUUAAUGAGCUCACUGUCACUGCCAUCGAUGGGCGAUGAUGGACCUCCACCAUCUCACACGUUUCCAAUGUGAUUUUCAUGCUUCUUGUUGCUUACUUCCAUCUAUGUUUUUGUCUUCAAGAAACUCAGCAAAUUGAAAACCAUAAUAUUUUUCCCAAAAA